GAGAUUUGGUGUCGCUGCAGAAGAGUAAGAAUGAAUGAAGGAAGGAAAGAAAAAAAAUAAAAGAAAUAAAAGGAGGGAGGGAAGAAAAAGGGGGGGCGCGACCCGCGAGAAGACCUCAAAAGAGGCGACCGGGAGGAGCAGAAGGGAAGUUGAUUCGAGCUGGCAUAGACGGGGGAAAAAAAAAAAGUCGAUCGCCAGCCACAGCAUAAAAGUGUGAGCGACUCUUCUCAGCCUAACAGCAGCGGCAGCCACAGGUGCCCCAGACGGGAACCCGAGCCAUCCACAGAAGAGCAGCGCGGAGCAAGGCUCCCGGAGCUUCGGGAUCUGGCGAAGGAGAUUUGCCCCCGUGCCCCUCCCGGUCGACGGGAGGAAGAGGGCGACAAGGCCCCACGGACGCGGGGAGGCUACCCCGCGGUGAUUUCGGCUGGAAGAGGUUCCCGACCCACCAUCAAGAUUUUGUCCAAAAGCAGGCAAGAGGAUCGCCCUGCGCUGAGCCGCCUGGUGGGCAGCAGGCGCCGGCUGAUCGCGGCCGGUGCGCUAGGGGUGGUCAUGGUGCUACUGCUGGUCAUCCUCAUCCCGGUGUUGGUGAGUUCGGCGGGCACAUCGGCGCACUACGAAAUGCUGGGCACCUGCCGCAUGGUCUGCGACCCUUACGGAGGAACCAAGGCGCCCAGCACGGCGGCCACGCCCGAUCGCGGCCUCAUGCAAUCGCUACCCACCUUCAUCCAAGGCCCCAAGGGCGAGGCCGGACGGCCGGGUAAAGCCGGGCCUCGGGGCCCCCCAGGAGAACCAGGUCCGCCAGGGCCGGUGGGCCCUCCGGGAGAUAAAGGCGAGCCCGGGCGCCAAGGUCUACCUGGCCCCCCGGGAACGCCUGGCCUGAACGCGGCCGGGGCGAUCAGCGCUGCCACUUACAGUACGGUGCCCAAGAUCGCCUUCUACGCGGGGCUGAAGCGCCAGCACGAGGGUUACGAGGUCUUGAAGUUCGACGACGUCGUCACCAACCUGGGAAACCAUUACGAUCCGACGACCGGCAAGUUCACCUGCUCCAUCCCGGGCAUCUACUUCUUCACCUACCACGUGCUCAUGCGGGGCGGCGACGGCACCAGCAUGUGGGCCGACCUCUGCAAGAAUAACCAGGUGCGAGCUAGUGCCAUUGCACAAGACGCAGAUCAAAACUAUGAUUACGCCAGCAACAGCGUGGUCCUACAUUUGGAACCAGGAGAUGAAGUCUAUAUAAAAUUAGAUGGUGGAAAAGCACAUGGAGGAAACAACAACAAAUACAGCACAUUUUCUGGAUUUAUAAUUUAUGCUGACUGAUAUUAAACACAAACUAAAUGACCUUCUAAUGAUGGAUUCUCUUGGCCAAAAUAAAAGGAUCAAGAAAUCCCAGAGGAUACUGAUCGUAGACUCUUCAGGAGUGAAGCCAAAUGCUACCUAACCCAUAUCUGUACAACCCAGAGAAAGAUGUUUAAAAAAAUAGAGCAAGUGUAAGAGGUGUGUGAUCUAUCACCAAAGCAAAAUAGUCGUUGUUAAUGUUCAUGUGAAUAAAGUCCUACAUAAAUCACAAUUUUUAUAAGAGAAAGAAAAAAGAGGCACUGAAUUACUUCUUCAGCAUACAGUAUGUAAUAUCUUUGAUGUGCUAUGAUUUCAUGCUGCUUUUUUUCAUCCAUCAGCUUUGGUGCUUCUCACUUAUCUGCUAACUAUGAGCCAGUUCUGAGUAUAUGGUGAAGAAUGUUUUUUUUUUUCAAUAAAAGGAAGAUGUAAGAGAAAUUCUGCUGUUCCUUCUAAGGGAUAUAUUUGCCUAAUCUUUCCAUUCCUUGGCUAUCUAGAAAUAGGAAACGGCUCUUUCAAAGCUUAGCUCUAUUGUUAUUGUACUUAGAUGAAAAUACAACUACAGCACAAUUGUCUCAUUUUCUGUUAUUGAUUCAAUAUUAUGCAAUUGUUAAUAUUAUAUAAUAUCUUUCAGGCAUACCCCCCCCUCUAGAACCAGGAGAUUGUCCCAUUUAGUUUAAUAGAGUAAGAACAGUCCACAGAUAUGAAUAUAAAGUCAAUGGGCAGAUUUCUGUAUGCAAAGCAAGAGACAGAAAAUAAUAAAACAAUUGCAUUCCAUGAAAACAAAAUAUGAAAUUAAAAAAACAACCCUGUUGCGGUAUUAUUUCUAAUAUUUAUUAAGAAUAUAAUUUGAUUACUUUUUUUAAGACACGAAAAGAGAAUUCAUGAUGUAGAUAUUAGGAGCAGAAGUCUGGUACAAGUUAAAUGCUGAAUCAUGUUGGCAGAGUCACAUUUACAAGAAUUCAGGGGAAAAAGAAUUCAGUUUUUCUAGCUGUAUGUUGUUGUCAAUUACUAAAGAAUUUAGCUUUCUUCAACACUUUUAAGUUUGUUCUUUUCUAUAAAUUUCAUCCUGCGUGUCAUUUGUUGCAUUCAAUUUACAAUUACAGCUGUAUGCAAACUAUCCCAAUGGUGGAGCAGUGACAUAAUAUUGAUAGUUAUGGAUAGAGCUGAUUAGAUCAGCUUUUUAAAAUCUAAUUUGCACAGGCUAAUUCUGCACAUUUAACACUUCAGGAAGUAUCGGGGGGGGGGGGGGCAGCUUGCAGCACAAUCCUAUGCAGAUCUGCUCAGAAGUAAAACCACUUUAAUGGGAGUCCAUAUGUAAAUGGUGGUGUUUUGUUGUUCUGUUGUAUCAAAAUGCCACACAAAGUCCAUGAUGCUAUCAAGUAUCUUUGGGACUGUGACCUGAACAUUUGUCAAGUAUUAUAAUAGUUUAUAAUACAAUAUAAUAAUCUUGCUCCCAAUCUGGGUUAAUACUAUAUAAUUGUUAUACAGCAUUUUCAUAAAAUGUCAUAUAAAAACAAAUAAUCUCCAGCAAAUAAUCCAGUGUUUCUAAUUAUUAUCUUUUGUUUAACUUAAAUGUUAAGAUUUUUUAUAUUAAAAGCUUAUUGUCUAUAAUUAGGCUGUGAACUCAGUUGUGAGACUUCUAGACUUCAUUUGUUAACUGACUUAACAACAAAUUAAUCCCAGUGAUUCUAAUAGGACUUACUUCUGAGUAUUUAUGUACAGGAAUGCAUAUUUUAGGUGCUAAACUUGUAAAUGUGAUGUUUCAUUAUCAAUCCAAUGCAAAGAGGUAUUCAAAGAUUAUGAAAUGGGAUUAUAUAAAAUAUGUAUAAAGAGAUUUUAAAAUAUGGUACACUUAAGCCUAUGUUUGUGGAAUCAAGAGGCUCAAUGAAUUAUUUCAGUUAUACUUCCAUAAACAAUUUCCAUAUAUUUAAUGAUUUUAUAUAGAAUAUUCUUUGAAAAAGUUAAAAUGUAUUCUCUUGAGAUUGAGUCUCCUCUAUCAUGCAAUUUUCUUAGCAACAGCAUGACAAUCAUGCCUUCUUCCCAGAUACUUGAAAAGAAGGACUAUGAUGACAUGAUAGCAAUAUGCCAAUAUUUGAAGUACUGCCACAAGCAUGAGGGGGUCAAUCCAUUCUCCAAAGCACCUGAAGGCAGGACAAGAAGCAAUUGAUGAAAACUAAUCAAGCAGAGUAGCAACCUAGAACUAUGGAGAAAUUUCCUGAUAGUUAGAACAAUUAAUCACUGGAAGGAGUUG